GGAGGGAGAGGGAGGUGAGGGUGCCAGUGCGCCUGCGCUGACCUGCAGGCUUGGAGCGGACGGGGGAUCGCGACGGCGACGGUGGCGGUGGAUCGGAUCGGAGACGGAGACGGAGGAGAGCCGACGGCAGCAUGGGCAAGGAGCAAGAGCUGCUCGAAGCGGCGAGGACCGGCAAUGUGGCCGUGGUGGAGAAGCUACUGAGCGGCAAACACCGGCUGUCGGCUGGCAGCGGAACCGUGUCCCUGCCUCAGCUUUCCAACCUUCUCAGUAUUUGGAGAGGGCCAAAUGUCAAUUGUGUGGAUUGCUCAGGAUAUACCCCACUACACCAUGCUGCUCUAAAUGGACAAAAAGAUGUUGUUGAAACGCUGCUGAAGAAUGAUGCCUCCACUAACAUUGCAGAUAAUAAAGGAUGCUAUCCACUUCAUUUGGCUGCCUGGAAAGGGGAUGCACAGAUAGUGAAACUACUUAUUCAUCAAGGACCAUCCCAUGCAAAAGUCAAUGAACAGAAUGCUAUUGAGUGCAAAGACCUCAAAAAGUAUGGCCCUUUUGACCCUUAUAUCAAUGCCAAGAACAAUGACAAUGAGACGGCCUUGCACUGUGCAGCACAGUAUGGUCACUCAGAUGUUGUAAAAGUUCUUCUUGAGGAGCUCACAGAUCCUACAAUGAGAAACAACAAAUUUGAAACUCCACUGGACCUGGCUGCAUUGUAUGGGAGGUUGGAGGUAGUGAAAAUGCUGUUAAUUGCACAUCCAAAUCUACUGGGCUGUAACACCAAGAAGCAUACACCGUUGCACUUGGCAGCAAGAAAUGGGCAAAGAGCAGUUGUGCAAGUCCUUCUGGAAGCAGGGAUGGACAUUAACUAUAAGACAGAGAAGGGCAGUGCACUUCAUGAAGCUGCAUUAUUUGGAAAGACAGAUGUGGUCCACAUACUCUUUACAUCCGAUAUUGAUGUUAAUAUUAAAGAUGUGCGUGGGAAGUCAGCACUAGAAAUUGUGCAAGAACAUCCAGCUCAGAAGAGUAAGGAAAUAGCAAUUCUUAUUCAAGAUUAUAUAGCAGGAAAGGAAAACCUAAGGUACACAGAAAAUACUGCUCCAGUAUCCAAAACUCACCUUUUUUCCAUUCCUGAACCGGCUAAUCAAAAAUCAGUUGGUGAGGAACAAUUGGAACUAUGCAAGCUUAUUACAGAAUUUGAAACUCAGCAAGAAGAGGAAUGCCCAUAUGAGGAAUUGUGCAAUGCAACAUCACACACUAUUGAUGGACCAGAAAGUUUGAAAGCACCAGAUGUGGAAACGGGUUCAGUCCCUGAAUUAAUGAUGGAUUCAGAUGUGAAUGACUCUCCAGAAGAGUAUGAAGAGGAUGAGAAUCCCUAUGAACUUCUAUUGACUGCGGCGACAAAGAAACACACCCAGUUGGACUGCCAACAUAAAGGAGAAAAUACAGAUGAGAAGGAUGGGCCUGCUUCUGCAUCUCCUGAAGUGGCACCAAAACCUAGUCGGAUAUUCACCUCUUCGCAGGAUACACCUAUGCCUGCAUCAAAUGCUGAUCAUUCAGUCAAGAGUCAAGAGAUCAGCAUCCCAUCCAAGCCACGUUACAGCAAAGCAAACUUAGCACUCGACCUAAAGCCCUCAUCUAUUAUUGUAACCCCAGGUCACACGAAAAGUGAGAUUACAUCUCAGGACGUCAACAUUCCUGAACAAUUUUCGGGGCUUUUACAUGGGUCACCUCCAAUCUGUGAGAUUCAGGAGGAUCCAGUCACACUGCUUGCUGCUCUGAGCAAAGGGGGAGUGGAAACUGAAGCGAUGCAAAUCGGAGAGUUGCCAGAGAGUCAACAUUGUGCAACAGGGCAAGCCGAGAAUGCUGGCAUUAAGAACUCCGCUAUAGCAGAUACUGUUGAGCAAAAAGAGCAGCAGGCAAUCUAUAGUAACCUUCGUCCCAUCAUCAACCAGACAAACCCAGACAUUUUAAUAAGCUCCAAGCCGGCCCAAAAUAAAGACAUUUUAUUUGGCAAGGGAGUAGAAAAACAGACAUGUACUUUGGGGAGAGUGCGGUCGAGUGGAAGGGGUAAAGUGGACCUUAAAUUGGCAAGAAGCUUGUCCAAAUCGGAUUCGGAGCUCAUUACCCGUUCACCAUCUGAGGAGGAUAUGCUGGGAAGUCGCAGUGAGUCUCUUUCGAAUUGCAGUUCAGUCAAGAAACGGCUAGAAAAAUCACCAUCCUUUCAGUCGGAAUGGGAGGAGCGGAAACCACUACUUCCGUUGCCUAAUGCUCGCAGAAGUCAAUCUUUGUCCAGUAUUGAAAAAAUAAUGAAUUCCAUUGGUGCAGGAAUUGACAGUGACUUCAGAAAAGAAUGGCACAAUACUUCAGGUUCACGGAUACUGGAGCAGAGUGUUGGGCAAUGGCUUGAGUCCAUUGGAAUGCCACAGUAUGAAAGCAAGCUAGUGCUGAAUGGGUUUGAUGAUCUGCGCUUCAUGGGGUCUAAAGUAAUGGAAGAGCAGGAUUUGAGAGAACUUGGAAUUCAUGAAGUAGGGCAUCGACGAAAAAUUCUUCAAGCUGCACGUUCUCUACCAAAGAUUAAGCCAUUUGGUUUUGAUGGAAAUAGCAAUACUUCACUUGUAGCAUGGUUGGAAUCUCUUGGACUACAGACUUACAAUCAGAACUUUCUGUCCAAUGGCUACAAUUCGAUGGAUUGUGUGAAAAACCUUUGGGAACCUGAAAUUAUAAAUGUUUUGAAAAUAACCUUACCAGGUCAUCGAAAGCGAAUUUUAGCUUCUCUUGGUGAACGGCCCAAUGAAGAACCACCUCAGAAACCACCGCGCACUUCCCAACUGAAGGAAGAUCGACGUGAGUCUCGAAUAACACUUCGCCCGCCUAGUUUAGCAACACCGUAUUCUCCCGUUCAGAAUUGGCAACACCAGCCAGAGAAGCUUAUCUUUGAGUCUUGUGGCUAUGAAGCGAAUUAUUUGGGCUCUAUGCUUAUUAAAGACUUAAAGGGGACCGAAUCAACCCAGGAUGCAUGUGCGAAGAUGAGGAAAUCUACCGAACAAAUGAAAAAGAUACCAACUAUUUUCCUCUCCAUCACUUACAAAGGUGUAAAAUUCAUUGAUGCGUUUAACAAGAAUAUCAUUGCUGAGCACGAAAUCCGCAAUAUUUCCUGUGCUGCCCAGGAUCCUGAAGAUCUUUGCACAUUUGCUUACAUCACUAAAGAUCUACAAACAAAUCAUCACUAUUGCCACGUUUUCAGCACGCUUGAUGUAAAUUUAACAUAUGAAAUAAUCCUUACGCUGGGACAGGCAUUUGAAGUUGCCUACCAACUUGCACUGCAAGCUCAGAAACCUACUCAGACGUCCCUUUCCAUGGCUGAAGCAGAGUCUGCGGACGUGAGGACAUCUAAACCAGUCCCUAAACCACGAUCCAGCAUGAGAAAAUCUGCUGUGCAGCCACUUAAUAGCAGAUGCUGUUACUGUCACACGUGCACUACUCACAGGCCUUCGCUUCCACCUCUACCGCUGCAUUCGUUCAGCAAAGGAGUCCAGAUUGACAACAUUGAUCAAGAAUCUCAAUCACACGGUGCAGUGGCAUGGAUAGCUGAUUCCAAGCAGGAUUCCAAGAGGACAAUUAGUACAAAGUAUGAAACCACCAUUUUCUGACCACCUGGUUCUCCCGCUUCUAUUCUGUGCCUUUGCACUGUGAACCUGUUCCACUACUCCGCGUCCUGUAGCGGGCACUUAAAGCUGCUUUCACUCUUCUCAAAGGGGAAUUUCGUAUUUGAGCUUCCUAUACUCAACCCUGUAAUUCAAAUACAGCUGCCUUCAACUUCUUGGUGAUCUUUCAACUGCUUUAAAACAAAAACUCUGGAAAUACUUGGGAAUCUUAUUUCGUAUCUGAAUUUUGAAAUACUCUAACCUCCCAGCACUGUGAGCUACUGCACUGUUACCUAAUCCACCCAAAUGCUACUAAAGUCAUAAGCCAAUGUUAUAUGAAUUCAUAUCAUGCAUUUUUUCCAGAGUUAUACAUACAGUAAGACAUUUGCUUCAAGCCAUGUGAAUCAAAGGUGCUUUUAAAAGACCACAUAUCCUUUUUAAAUUGCUUUCUUAAAGAGGUUGAUUUUAAACUGUUUAAAAGCACAUGCCUCAUCCAUACUGUCUUGUAGUUUGGUUUGUCAAACUGUUUGAGAACAAUGGUGUGUGAAUUGGUCAAAAUGGCAUGCAAUGAUAAAUUGAGGACUUAUUGCUAUGUUCUGACAAUUUUUAAAGAGUUUCAACCACAAGGUAAAUUUGACAACAAUUUUCUUAAUAUAACUGAACUUGUCGAAUGACUUCCAGCCUCAUUAGCUGGAGUUUUCUUUUAAAGCUUUACCUCACGAUGGGGGCAUGUCUGAAAGAUUCAACUUUUCUGAUACGGUUAUCGAAGCACUGACUGAGCAGAUAAACCAAGAGGCAUGCCAUUUAGCUUUUUAUGUGAUCCAGUAUGAGAUCUUCCGCAAUUCCUCGAAUGAUCAAAUGAUAUUAGAGUUAUGGAGAUUACUUUGAAUCGUUGAACUUUUACAACUGCUAAAUAUUUGUCACAAACUGUAUGUUCAAAGUUACAUUAUUCAAAAUAUAUACAAACUCAAUUUUGGGCUCUACAUUAUUCAUCUUGUUCAAUACAAAUGAUUGGACAAUUCAAAUUUUUUGGAAACCAAACCAAUGGAAAUUAUGAGGAGUACACUAUGCUGGAGUGGUAAAUAUUGGGUAUUAUGUAUUGCACUCAGUAUUCAUAUCCACUUGGGCUGUUAACGUAUGUAAUCAUCGAUGUGUGAAAUUCUUGAUUUACUUUCUGCACAAUUCAGUUUCUUCUUCAGUAUUCAGCAUUUAUUAAUAUGGUGCACAAGCAUUUUAAAUGUGACUGGUAAACUUUCUAAUUAUAUAAUUUCAUCUUCAUUUUUAAGGUUGUGCUCUGAAGUCUUCACUUUCAGAGUGAACCAUAUUCUUUCGCUACCUAUGAAUGAGAUUCGCAAGAGUCUUUCUUUGCAUAGAUUCUAUCUAAGACCACACAAAGCAAAUCAAUAAAUUUGUGGAUGGGAAAACUGACGUUAACACUUUGGAUUUGUAGAAAGAUCCACACCACAAGGAUCCACACCCUGGUUUCUCCACCCACUCCCCUGCUGAGUUUUUCCAGGAUAUUCAGCCUUUGUUUACAAUUUCCAACAUUUUCACCUUUUGUUUACAGUUUCCAGCAUUAUUAAUAUGUUGUCUUUUUUUACUGGAGUAAAUUGAAUGCAAAAGUUAUUUCGCAUUUCGGGAGUGAUAAAUAUUUUUUAUAAAUUAUUUUUAUCAAUGUUCAUUACCCAUUAACAUGUCGGCUUGAAAAGGGACAGAUUAUGUGGCAUUACAGGCCACCCUGUGUUACGAAUGCCCAACAUUACAUUUAAAAGUCCAGAGCACACGUACACAUUUGUUUUUACGAGCAGUAGAAUUAAUUUCCUCACCACUUUUAGUAAUUGUUCUUUCUUAUCGGUCCUAUUCACGUUUGACACCGUUCAUUAUAAUACUGUCGAGGGAUGGUUACCAUGUUGACUGAUUUUGGUGGAUUUUCUCAUUGAUGGCCAAAAUGUUUUGAUGAACAUCUGUUCAUUACCAGGGGAUGACAGAUGCAGUAUGAUGCAGAUUGCUGUGUUGUCAAUUUGUCUGCAGUUGUAAUUUGCCACGAAGUGCAGAAUUUGAUUGUCUUGAUAAUCCUCAUGAAAAAUGGCUUUUCUAUAAAUAGCAAUGUUCAUAGAGAAGAGAUAUUCAAUCUAAUUGAAAAUGGUAUAUUGACUAAAAUUAAUCACAGCAAUGUGAUAAACUUAUCCUCACCAUGGAUGCCUAAUGAAGUUGCUUCCAACAUUGAUCUCUCCGUGAAUGCCACUAGCGAAUUUGGAAAUACUGUUUUACUGUACUUUGCAAAGCAGCAAGGGUUGUUAACUCCCUUCAAACUAAUUUCCUAUGCUACAGUGAAACUAUGCUUGUUAAAGUCAUUAAGGGCAUGCUGAAUAUGAUUUUCUGCAGAUCACUUUUUACAGCUUUCAAUCAUUGUACUUCCCUUAUAAUUCAUUAUAUGACCCAUUGGAACAAGUUAUAUUAUUCUCCCCGUGAAACUUAAUGGAAAAUUAGUGCAUUGAAAUGAGGUACCACAUCUACUGCAUCCGGUGUUCCCAAUGUUGGCUCCCGUAUAUCGCUGAGACCAAAUGCAGACUUGGCGACCGUUUUGCCGAACACUUACACUCAGUCUACUGAGGUCUACAGGAUCGCCCGGUUGCUAACCAUGUCAAGUUCCCUUCCCAUUCCCACAGUGACCUUCCUGUCCUGAGCCAGAGUGAGGCCACACACAAUUUGGAGGAACAUAUUUCGCUUGGGUAGCUUACAACCUGCGGUAUGAACGUUGAAUUUUCUAAUUUUAAAUAACUUCUACCUACUCCCCCCCCAACCCCCUUGCUCCCUUCCUCCACCCUCGUCUUUUAACCUGUUCUACAGUUCACCACAUUAUAUCGCUCUUAAGAUCACACCUUCCCUAUCCAACAAUGGGCCUACCUGACCUGAGGUCAUUUGUAGUGAUCAAAAAUGUCACAUAUCCUUUUUCGCCAGAGAUGCUGCAUGACCUGCUGAGUUACUCCAGCACUUUGUGUCUAUCUUUAUUACAAACUGAAUCUUGUAUCAAAGCCAGAAUAGACCCACGUAGUACAGCUUUUCAUCUCUUUCUCUUGUUUUAAAUGUUGACUUCCUGCUUAUCCCAACAAUGGAGAUGUUUUGGCUAAUUCAAAAUGUUAUGCUCAUCCCUUUUUACAGCACAGAGUUUCAUAAAUUCACCUCGACAAAGCAUUUUCUUGAUCCACAUUUUAACUUUAUAUUAGAUACUCUCAGUUGUCCAUAUGUGUGAUUUCUCCGGACAUAUUUUAAAAUCCUAUGAUUUAAGUUCCUCUGACUAUGAGUUACACUACAUUCUGUUCUGCAAUCAGAAAAUGAUUUUCAACUCUGAGUCUCUAGUUUUUGAAAUUCAAAUAUUGCGUUCAAAGUUCAAUCUGUCGUGGUGUCUUUGGCUUGCUUCUCACCACCAAUCAUUACCCUUUAUGCUCCUCUCUACCCACCUCCACUUUGAGCUGUUCCUUUUAUAUAAGAUACAUUGGAAAAGGUCUUGUUGUUACAUUUAAAUUCUGUUAAUCUAAUUACUUGAUUAUUUCAGAUCAUUACAUGACUAUUUCAGCUUGUCCCAGCUUAGAAAAGGCAUUAAAUAUAAUGUUGAAUACUUAAACCUUCUUUCUAUGUGGGACAUCUAAGCAUUGUAUAAAUUAGAAUUAUCACACACUCGUAAUCAGGAUAUUAUCCCAGUCAAUUAUUAGUUCAAUCAUUUUGUAGUAUGUAGUUGAGUUUAUCUUGCAGAAUUUGUAAAAAAUAAUUGGUUUUAUCCAUUUACUCAUGGGGAAAAUCUGGUCUCUGUAAUCUCCAGGAACACAGGUAAUUAAUCCUCUCAAAACUGGCAUAAUUAUUGUAAUUUGAUCAUCUGUGGUGAACCAGACAUAUAAUACCCAGAGUUGAAGAAGCUUAAAGACACAGGAUUUAGUUUGUGACUGUCAAAGAUGUGGGUGGGCAGAUAUUGUGGUUUUGAGCAGUCUUCUUCUUGCGUAUGGCAUGCACAGCCUAAAGUUGUAGGACAACUUGUUCUAUUUGAUCUUAUUUGAUUGUGCAUACCAGGUUGAUUGCAUUCGUCAAAACAGGGUGGACCACUUGAAGGUUGCAAUCUCCCACCCCAGUUUUGAGCAGUGAUGAGAAGUUUGUCAUAAACAAAAUCAAAUGUGUAAUGGGAAGGGAGGAGGAAAAGAGAAACCCAGAAUUGGUUUAUUGCAGCUGGCAAAAGACAUCAAGGUUUAAUGAUAAUUCUGAAAGCCUUAACGUUUUCACCAUGUACAUCAAACAAUAUGACAAUUAAGUGGCAAAUUAAAUCAUUUUAUUUGUUUCAAUGUUAGGGAUAGCAUUUUAAAUUAAAAUGUCGAUGCAAUAAGAAGUUCACAGCAAUAUAUUAUUGACAGCAAGGAGGGCUAGAUACCAACUAAUUUGAGUUGAUUCGCCCAGAAAUUCAAUGGCUGAUACGUUUUUUCAGCACCUUAUGCGUGAAAUGUAUUUUUUAUCUGGAGCACAACACAUUUACAAUAAUGAAAAAGACACUAAGUGCGGAGAAUAACGGAGGGUCUGGCAGCAUCUCUGGAGAACAUGGAUGAGUGAUGUUUUGGGUUGGGGCCCUUCAAUCUGAAGCAGGGUCCCAACCGAAAAUGUCACCUAUCAAUGUUCUCCAGAGAUGCUGCCUGACCCGCUUAAGUUAUUCUUGCAGUUUGUCUUUUGUUUGUAAAUCAUCAUCGACAGUUCUUUGUGUCUAGAUUUACUAAGUGUGUGGGUGAAAUCAUACCACUCUAGAAAUUGAACCUGUCAUUUCCAAUCAGAGAUUUCUACUGCACAAAUAGCAGAAUUCCACAUAAGACAUCAGUGUAAUUAUGUAAUUUUCCACCAACACACUGUGCAAAAUGCUUUGAGGAAAUUGCCUUGCAUUGUUCAUAAGUAUGUUUGUCAUUGUGCAUUUCCAGCCCAAUUGGUUUAAAGCAUGCUGCUUGUUGGCUGCCGAAGCAGAUAGUUUCCCAAUUAAGAUGUUUUCUUAUCAGUUCUCCUUUAAUGGCCCUGUCUCACGGUGCGAGUCCACCCACGAGUGAUCCCGAGUGAAAGAAAAUAAUCAAACUCGUGGUUUUCUACGAGAUUCCAAGUUUAUGUUCACGAGUUUAAUUUAGUUCCCACGCGUAUGUCUAAGUUUGCCGUUUACUUCUCAUUUCUGCGAUGUACCAAGUUCCUCUCCCGAGUUACCAAGUUCAUCUCCCGAGUUACUCUUGAGCCAACAAAGACUACCGACAUGUGGAAAAAUCAUCACAUGGUAAAAAUGAUGUCAUGCAGUUUUUUUUUCCACUAUAAAAAGCCUCCCAUGUUUAUAUUUCUUAGGGUUACAGAAUCAAGGGAUAUGGGGAGAAAGCAGAAACUGGGUACUGAUUUUGGAUGAUCAGCCAUGAUCAUAUUGAAUGGCAAUACUGGCUGGAAGGGCCGAAUGUGAUCACUUCCAUUAUGUAGAGAGUCUCAGAAUGUUAAUAGAGAUUCCAUUCCGUUUACAUUGCGCUUUGUGCAGGGAUCAAAUCUUAGCCCAAAGUGUACAUUAGGCUGCGAGGAUUAAUUUCAAAACUUCAAAUUAUUUCAAACAGUGUUUUAUCGGAACAACGGAUCAGGGCAGAUGUCAGCCCCUUUAAACAUCACGGACAGCUCAGUGUGAAGUGGUGCUGGAAUUAUAUGUGAAAUAGUCUUGGGAAUUUUAUUAUCGAUCCUAAAUGCUUUAUUUAAAUUAUAGGUCGUUUAGUUUGUUGUGAAGUGGCGCCGGAUUUAACACCUCAGUCUAUUAAAAUUGAAUUAUCUCACUGAACGAAAUGUUUUUCCAGGCAAAUAUCCAGUAGUUGAGAAUUAAAGAGCAGUCAUUUUAAACGGGCGGUUGUAGUCAAUAAUACGGUAACUGAAUGAUAUUUAUUAAUUGCUAGAGAGGACGAUGUAAACAUAGUGAGGUUAGUGAGCCAUCAACUGUUCCUCGUACUGUUCUGUUGUGUAGGAAGGAACUGCAGAUGCUGGUUUACCUCGACGAUAGACCAAAAGCUGGAGUAACUCCGAGGGUCAGACAGCAUCUCUGGAGAGAAGGAAUGGGUGACGUUUCGGAUCGCGACCCUCCCGGUUGCUACCUGAUCUCCCGGUUGCCAAACACUUCCCAUUCCUACACUGACCUUUCUGUCCGAUGUCUCCUCCAGUCAGAGUGAGGCUAAAUGCAAAUUGGAGGAGCAGCAUUUCAUAUUUCACUUGGGCAGCUUACAGCCCAGUGGUAUGAAUAUUGAUUUCUCUCACUUCAAGUAACCCUGGCAUUCCCUCUCUGUCUAUCCCUCCUCCACCCAAGUUGCACCAGCUGCUCGUUUUCACCCAAUGAACAGCGAACAAUGGUCUGUUUCCUUUAUCAUCGUUACUUUUUUGCAUUCAUUGUUCUUUAUCUCUCUACAAUACAUCAUCAUCUGUAUCUUUCGUUUCCCUUACCAGUCUGUUGAAGAGUCUCGACCCGAAACAUCACCCAUUCCUUCUCUCCAGAGAUGCUGCCUGUCCCGCUGAGUUACUCCAGCUUUUUGUGUCUAUCGUCGCCCUUCUUCAGACUGUUCCGUUGUAUUGACCGAAAACGAACGACGUGACAGUACCGGCGACUUAAUGAAUGACAUGGAGACACGCAGAAUUAAAUGGACUUGGAAUAACUGGGGCGGUGGGGUUUUAUCGAAAAGUGACUACAUGAAAUCGGUGGAAGGAAAUGGGCAAGCGAGGUUUCGGGUCAGGGACCUUCUUCAGACUCCAUGACCCGCUGAGUUCUUCCAGCUGUCAAAUGGAGACAUGGGGGACCACAGAUGCUGGCAUGUUGAGCGAAACACAAAGUGUUGGAGCAACUCGAUGGGCCGAAUGGCCUAAUUCUGCUCCUAUGACAUGAACUAACGAAGUGUCGAAGUAAGCCAGCGGGUCAGGCAGCAUCUGUGCAGGGAAUGGAUAGGCAACGUUUCGGAUCGGGUCCCUUUUCGAGCCGAAUCAACGUCUGUCCAUUCCCUCUGCUGAUGCUGCCUGUCCCACUGAGUUACUCCAGCGCUGUGUGAGUUCCUCCAACACUUUGUGUGUGUUUUAUGAUCAUGAUUCCAUCAUCUGCAGUUUCUUGUCUACAUAAAUUAGGCCUCAGCAACUCUGAGUGUACUAACCGGGAGAUUAUGUUGCUGCUGCCAAAACAACAGUUGGCAAUGUAUGCACGGUAGAAGUCACAUUGCGUGGGAAACGAGGUCUCCAGGGAGGCAGACUCAAAGUGCUGGAGUAACUCGUGCGGGACAGGCAGCAUCUCUGGACAUUUAUAAAGCAUUACAUUUUGGAACACAAGGAACUACAGAAGCUGGUUUAUGGAAAAAAAAACAAAGUGCUGGAGUAACUCAACGUGUCAAGCAGUAUCUGUGGAGAACAUGGACAGGUGACGUUUCAGGUGAAAGAAGGGUCUAAAGUUUGAAGAAGGGCCCCGACCCGAAACGUCACCUGUCCAAGUGUAGCAGCAGAUUUUUCAAAUCUUUCUGGAAAUGAACUCCCUAGCCACUAAUUGGGUGAGACGGGAUAAGGGGAAUAUUUUCGGUGCGCAUGCAAGCUGCCUCAGAGGCUUUCAGAGCUUCUCCUUUCAUAAAGCUUCAGCACACAGUCUUUUAAUGAAUAUUUUCUUUAUUGUAGAUAUAAAACAGUAAGAUACAUCCAAGGUUUUCCGACUUGUUCCGGCAAUCUUCUUCGAACUCCAGCUCAUUACUUCAGAUACUAGAAAACUCCUCGUGUCUCCAUGCUUCACAUGAUCUUGACAUGUGGCUUGACAUGGUCGAAGGAUUAACCUUCUCCCUCUUCGCUCCAAAACGAAUCUAACCAACUAAACUACCACGCAAGCAGUUAAGCUGCAUAAACACGCCCAAAGACACGUCAUAAAUCCCACUCACAUUAUAACGGGCAGUCUAAAAUGUAAAGGAACAUGCCAUCCACAAUGACAUGCAAAACAGGCCAAAUGGCCACCACACCAAGUUCUCCGGAGAUGACUAAUCUUCAACAUUUCACUUCUGGCACUCAGGCCAAACCCACAGUAGACUCACGAGUCACUACGGGAAACUCACGGCUACUACGUUCUUACAACAAGUUUAAAAGUUUAAACUUUGCAUUUCAAGAGUAAAUUUGACUCGUGGAAAAAUGUUGAAAGAUUUUCACGAGUUAACAUGUUUCCCAUGUACCUGCCGUUAGUGUUACGAGUCGCUAAGUUACGUCCUCGAGUUCCAACGUUCCCGCUACGUUAAUUCUACGUGAUUAACACGAGUUUGAUUUGUUUUAAACUCGGGAUCACUCGUGGGUGGACUCGCACCGUGAGACAGGGGUUUAAGUCAUUGAUUUGCUUUAUAUCAGGACUGAAGGUCCCAGUCACCUGAAGUACCCUGCAACACCUCUACUUCCCCAUUUGGGCCCCCAUCUUUCUCCUAUUACUGGUCACUCGGCUGUUCCAUCAACAGCUGCGAUCUUAAGCUGUCAACUACCUGACCCUCACCACAACAGCUAGUAGAAGGCUCCCAACUCACGAACUCCAGAGCUGAUUGCAAGCCCUCUCUUGUCACCUUCUGGCAUUGCCAUCUGCAACCCUCUCUGGUUGCAACAUCCAGCCGCUGCCUCUGAAAACCUUUGCUUUGUUCUGCUGUAACAUGCAACUCAAAGGCUUUGCACUCUUAAGCUUUCUCAAGCAGUAGACUCGUGACCAGAAUUAUCAUCAGAUUAUGUGCUAUGACUAUCAUUGCACUUCUUCAAGCACCUGUGAGUUUUGAGAUCCUUAUAUUUUUGUUAAAAUGGUUAUAUAAAAUGGUUGUGGACUCAUCAUAUUAUUCUGAGAGUUUGUCAAGAUAAUGUGUUAUGGGAUAAAAUCAAAAACAGUUGUGUCAAGGACAAAAUCCCAAUUAUGUGUUAUUUGAGUGACUAAUUCCACUGAGCACUGCUCCCUCUGCAUGGGAAGCUCUCCUUUUUUCAUGGCUUUCAGCAGGGUAAACUCUUGGGUAUUUCAGCUGUAGAUGGUCUUAGUUUAGUUUAUUGUCACGUGUACUGAGCUAUAGUAAAAAGCUAUUUGUUGCAUGCUAGUCAGUCAGCAGAAAGACAGUAACAUGGUUACAAUCAAUCCAUUUACAGUGUAUAGAUACAUGAUAAGGGAAUAACAUUUAGUGCAAGGUAAAGCCAGCAAAGUCCAAGGGACAUCAAAGAGGUAGAUAGAACCGGCACGGUGGCACAGCGGUAGAGUUGCUGCCUUACAGCGAAUGCAGCACCGGAAACCUGGGUUCGAUCCCGACUAUGGGUGCUGUCUGUACGGAGUUUGUACGUUCUCUCCGUGACCUGCGUGGGUUUUCAGCAAGAUCUUCGGUUUCCUCCCACACUCCAAAGAUGUACAUUGGCUUGGUAAAUGUAAAAAUUGUCCCGUAUGUGUAGGAUGGUGUUAAUGUGUGGGGAUCGUUGGUCGGUGCGGACCCGGUGGGCAGAAGGGCCUGUUUCCGCCCUGUAUCUCUAAACUAAAAAAAAACUAAAGUAGUUCAGCACUGCUCUCUUGCUGUGUUAGGAUGAUUCAUUUGCCUGAUAACAGCUGGGAAGAAACUGUCCCUGAAUCAGUUGGUGUGCGUUUUCACACCUAUACCUUUUGCCUGAUGGGAGAAGGGAGAAAAGGGGGUGGCCAGGGUCGCGACUCGUCCUUGAUUAUGCUGCUGGCCUUGCCGAGGCAGUGUGAGUUCAAAGAAUCCAUACAUUGUGGCUAUCCACUAAGUGCCCAUGUCAUCCACCAACUAUUUUUCUGGUCAUAAUUUUGAAUUGGACCUCAGGAGAUUGUUGGACCGACAUGACAUUUAAAAAAAAAAAAUCAAUGUUCAAGGUCCUUUGACCCAAAGAUAUUUCUGCUGUUUUAAAGCUCAACAAUGAGACUAUACAUUCACAAGUUCACACCCUCAUAUCCCACGUCUGAAGAGAAGAUGUUAGAAACGAUUGACUGGGGACUUUCAAAAAAGGAGUCACUGUUGUCUAUUGUAACUACAAAUGGUUCUGCCUGCUGUCCAUCAGAGGGAAAGCCAUCACAAAGGUCUUCAACUAGCCAUUGAAGAGCUGCUUUGCAAAUAAUAGUUUGGAUUCCAACUUUUGGUAGAAACCCCAUGUGACAUCUCUGAGAAACAUUGGCACUUGUAUCCAACCACAGAAUAUGGCUGUUUUUAAGCAAAGAACAAUCUUUUGGAGGAACACAGCUGGUUGGGUAGUUCCUGUGGUGGGAAAUGGAUAGUUGAUGUUUUGGAUUAAGAAGAAGGGUCUAGAUUUCAUCCAUUUCCGUCCACAGAUCUUCUAAGUUUCUCCAUCAGUUUGUUUUUUUUGCUCAAGAUUCCACCAUCUGAAGUCUCUUAUGUUUCCAUUUUUAUUUUUUUUAACUUCACAAAAUCUUUGACUGCCAGCUUUGCCAUUGAAGAUGUGAUUAGUCUUGGGAAUAUGCCCAUCUCAUUCUGUGCUAGAUUAAGUUCAUCAGUAGAUAACUGCAUCCCUAACUUGCCUUAAAGUAUGUUUCUGGCAGUAGGAAGUGGGAGAAGAGGGAAAGUAAAUAUUUUUCCUCAUUUCAACAGUAGAAAUUAGUUCCCAAGCUUUGAAAAAGACAAGUUUGAUAAACUUCGAAUAUCCUUCAAAUCACGGGCAGAGUGGAUAGUUCACGAUCUGUUCCUACAACAUUUUCACUUGAACACUAUCUGCACAAUUCAUGACUUUUAUAGCAUUUUUACUUUCUGAUCUUGGGGUAGAUUUCAACGAUCCCUAUUUGUUGGAUAAGGUUCAGUAAAUGGUUUAUGAAUUAUAAUAGCAUCUUCUGUUGAUUGUAAAGAUUGAGGCAUUGCCAUAGUUUGAACAUGUGGUCAACUGAGUUUUUGGUUUACAUAUUGGAGUUGUGCAGCUGGGGUGGGUUUAUUCAACCUAACCGUUGAAGCUCAUUCAAAAACAAAAACCUUUGGGGGAAAAUAAAAUGAGACCAGAUUCUUGUCAUUGCGUUUGGUCAUUUCUGUUGACAUUAUGUGACAUGGCAAAGACAUGUUCAAUUAUUGUACAGUAAUUAUUCAAAUUAUAGACAAUUUGAGUGAAUGCAUAUAAUUUCAGUGCUUGCAUGUCUUGGUUCUGUACAACUUUCAAUAUUUUCACUUUAGAUUUUUUUUUUACUUUGUGUCCCAAUCCCAAGCUUCAGUUCUGAGCCUUUCCUGGUAAUGAUUUCUUAAGGGAUUGUUCAGUGAAUACAUUGGCUCCAUGUUUUGGGGAUAUGAUUAUUGUCGCACAUAUAUGGUAACCUCAUCUGUGGAGAUUAGGAAGUCCAUUGUUGUUAGUUUUUCCUCUUUGUAGUUACCUGUUAAUCAAUCUGCUCUCUAUAUAAGUAAUCAUUGAAUAAAAGUUAAUGGUUUGAGCCAUUAGUUCUCAGAAAUGUAUGGCAACAUUUCUAAUGGUGUUGAUAAAGCCCAUGUUUUUCCUUUUCAUCCAGUGUCUGAAUCUCUGCCAAUGCCAUAUAUAGUCUCAAGUUGACCAAACUCACACAUGGCCAGAAAACCAUCAGAUCUCUAUCACCUGUUCAUCCAACCAGAUGAAGGUCUGGUGAUGAUUUUUCCCCCUGGAUACAUUUUUUUCAACUUUCAUUGCAACAUCUGGAUUAAUGUUUGAAUGUGAAUAACAAUGAGGCAAAUUAGGCUGCUUUACUCUACUCUACUUGACCUCUCCAAUUAAUUUAAAUUAAAAUCCACAUAAAGCAGCAAAGUUACACAUGACAGAAAUUCGAGCUGGUACAUUCAGGCAAAGGUGAAUUUUUAAUAUCAACCAUGCUUGCUCUCAAGCUUCUGCAAUUCCUUUUGUGAUGAAGAUUUAAUUUUACAAAUGCAGAAUUCCUUCAUUUCAGAACCUCAUUAACCUUGGAGAUUUUUUUAAUUUAUGUUAAUCCAGGCCACUUUAUCCUGUAUUCAUUUUUUGUGUAUGACUUAAAUUGAAUUCUGAAUUAUUGGUUUAAUAUAUUUUGGAAUUUAUUUUUCAUUCUAAUUUGAUGAAAAGCCUUAACAUGUUUGUGCCUGCUUAUGGUCUGGUGACAGCAAGUCAUCGUAUCUCUGGCAGGUGUUAGCAUACUGAACAGUGUACACUGUUCUUUUCUUUAUAAAAUUCUUGCCUGUCUUUCCAUUUUAAAAGGUAAAAAACUUUUAAGAUAAAAAUCAAAGCCAUCACAUAUCAUCUUAUAGUUGAUAUUAAAUAUUGAUGUCUUAUUGCAGAGCAUUAUUGUGCUCUCCAGUAUGAAUGGAACUUUGUGAUACAGUAUGCUUUCAGUAAUGGAAUGACUGUUCUUGGGCAAAUCCAAUUUACAGGAUGUUGUAUUUAAAUUUGCUUGUGCCUAUUGCAUUUAAAAUGCUAUAGUAUCCAUUUGGCGAUUGGGAUUAGCUAAAUCAGAUUUAUUUAUUUCUGCACCCUUUUUGAAAGCCUAAAAACAUUCCUAGUAGCUUUAUUCUUCCAAUUCUAUUUACUCUUUCAAUUUGUCUUUGUAAUCUGUAAUGCACAUUACCGGUAGAAAAAAUGUUCCAGAGUAAUUGUUUUAAAACACAUAAAAUAAUCAAGAUUCAUACAUGUUUAUUUGUAGCCUUCCUUCGUGUGUCAUUGUAUUGUGUGAAACAUCCAAAUUCAAUCACAAUUUACGUUUAACAUCACCGACGUGUUUUUUCUUUUUGUUUUAACU